AUAUAUAUAUGUUUUUUGUUUUGUUAAUCUUCUCUUUAGUUUAUUGUUUCAACACAUUUUGAAUGUACCUACUAAGCAAGUAGUACUUGCCUAAAAAAAAUUAAAUGUUUUAUUGUGUUACUUUUAAAUUAGGUAUACAGUGCAUUUUAUUGAUAGAAAAUGACUUCAGAGUACCAAAGAAAAUAUCGAAAGGUGGUAAAGGAAAUGGGGAGUUUUUCAAAUGCUGAAGAAGUUGUGAAACAAGAUAAUAUUGAGAUGUUACGUGAUAUUGACUAUAAUGAGGAUGAUUUUGAAACUAAUAACCUGAGUUCAGUUACUAGUAGCUCGGAAAGUGAAGGUGAUGUAGGAUCAGAUAGUAGCAAUGAAGAAAGUUUGAGAAACGAUUUGGCUGAUUUGGCAGUUACAAGUAAAAUGACGCAUGUUCAAGUGAACGGAGUGCUUAGUGUCUUGCGGAAGCAUGGUUUUGAUGUUCCAAAGGACAGUCGAACUCUUGUAAAAAGCACAAGAACAAUAGUUACAUACAAAAAAUGUGGUGGUGACUAUUUGUAUUUUGGGCUUCGAAAAAUCAUCACACAAUCUUUAGAAAUAGAUGACAGUAAUGAAAUUCUGAACUUGAAAGUAAAUGUGGAUGGUAUACCUUUGUACAAAUCAUCUAGCUUACAGUUUUGGCCAAUAUUGUGUUCGAUAAAUAAUUCUACUCCUAUGAUUGCCGCUCUUUUUAGUGGAAAUUCUAAACCAAACUCUGUAGAUGAUUUUUUGCAAGAUUUUAUUUAUGAGGUUAAGGAACUCCAAGAGUAUGGAUUUAGUUAUAAUGAAAAAACUUAUACCCUUUUAUUGCAGGCAUUUAUAUGUGAUUCACCGGCUAGAGCUUUUUUAAAAAAUAUUAAAGGUCAUAACAGUUUGCAUGGGUGUGAACGAUGUUGUGCAGUUGGAUUGUCAGUUAAUCAUCGUACAAUAUUUGUUAACCCAGGUUGUUUUAAUGCAGAAAGACGCACUGAAGAUAAAUUCUUCAACUUGGCAUAUAUUGUCUGUUGCUGUUACUAUUUUGCUUUCACCUGAUAAAGAUAAACGAGUUCAAUAUCUUGAGUAUGCACA